UAUCAGAACAACGACACAACACAAAACAAACCGAAACACACAAAGCUUAGCUACGUACGUACACCAUCACCAUGACUGCCAAUUCAACCCUGCUAGCAACACAAUGCGCGGCUGUUGUGGCCGUCCCACAGCGGUGCCAUCCCCCCUCUAGAUUUGCCACUGGGUACCAGCAGCUUCGUACAAAUUUGGUAACCACCAAAACAUACAAACCUACAAUCAUGGCUGCCGGUGCCUUGGUCUCCAAACCCUCCCAACUUCAUGCAAAUUUGGUACCCGAAAGAAACAAAAUGGUGGUAUUUGCCUAUCCAGAAACAAAAACAAUAGAAAUCUCAACCAAUGGCUUUCCAGAAUUCAUUGAAUGCAUAAUUAAUAACGAAAGUAAGAAAACGCUAGAACUGGAUUCGACUGAACCAUUUCUGGGGUCUGAGGAAUUUGAGAGGAUCGAAGAUAAAGUUGACACAACUUCUAGUUUUACGCAACAAGCAGCAAGUGAAGGUUCAGAUAGGUGUGCCUCUGGAUAUGUUACCUACAAAAUCGAAGAUAACCUUAGGUGGAUUAUUGCCUGGAGAAAUGCAAUGGAUGAGCGGAACAAGGUCUAUACUGCAAUCAUUUCCGGAGCAAAGAAAGGUUCCAUCGAAAAACUUGUUAGGAAAUCCACUGCACAUAGCAGUUUCCAGGACGACAACAUUGGGUACGCUGCAGAAGCUGAUAUUGAUCCAACCAGCUCUAGGCCAACUGUGAAAGCAAAACUUACAAUUAAAUAGAAUGAGUAGGCUUUCAAAAAUAUAUACGUUUAUGCUUAGUUAUGAUAGUAUGUAGAAAUUCAGAGUAUACUCUGAAAUGAGAUCCCCUUCAAACUUAUGUCACUUAUUACUAUACUGUAAUCUUUCUUCCUAAUAAUAAUAAGCCCUUUAUUUUAUGCUUUAUCCA